UACACAGAGCAGCAAUCGCUGUGAGCAGGACGACUCUCCAAAAACACGCAGACGCGUGUGCGCGCUGAAGACCCCAGCAGCAGCAUCACCACCACCAUCCUCAUCGUCACAUCAGUGGUGUGCACGAGGCUGAGCAUCACACUGACAGUAGCAGCGGAAGUGUCUGAUUUCUGUCUGAUACAAUGUAACAAACGCGUGCGGUGUCUGAUGCAAAGAUCCUUUUAAACCAGGACGCGCGCGCGGACUGAAGGCUGUAUCUGCUCUGUCAUGAUGUCACGGUACCAUCAGAGAUUUGAGCGGGACUUCCGCAGCGUUUGGGAGCGCAGAGAUCGAUGUGCCGUCAAAAGCAGCUGCGGAGGAACGGCUAACGGCUGCGUCUCCACGCCCUCCUCCGUCCCCAACAGCAGUAACAAUCGUCCGGGUCUCCUCCCGCUGCCUGUCAUCCCCUCGCUGUUGCCCACGCCCGUCACUAGCACCACCAACACAGAUCUGACCUGCAAACGCUUGGCACCGUCCUGCACAACCUCUACAACAAAGGUCUCCGUGCACCCGUCGGGGGACACACAAACUCAGGGCCCCGUUCUGCCUAAUAGUGUCCGGUGGGGCCAGACGCCCAUUAACCAAUCGACGCCCUGGGAAACGGACGAGCCGCCUGCCAAACAGAUGAGGGAGAAAGAUAUCACAGCGUCAUUGUGGCCUCCGCCGGUCAGCCAGGCCGGACUGCUGGCUCACACGUACGCCGUACCACAGGCUUCAGUUUACAGUCAGGGUGCAACCGUCCAAACACCCAUCAUUGGUGUAACCACUGCUCUACAGACUCCUGUAGCUCCCCUUCAGCCUCAUAUACCACCUCACUUUCAGCUUCAACAGCAAACCUCACAGCCGCUGGCUGGCAUCGUCCUCAACGUUCACAGCCAAUCCCUGGCCAUCGGCAGUCCACCUAACGUCUGCCAGAUCGCCAACCACGUUCACGCGGCCGUGGGCAACGGGCACCUCACACAUCCCAUGAUGCAAUCCGCUACGACGAGCUCAUUGGCACUGACGGGCAACGGGCCGACGACAAACGGCCAGACGAUCCCACAAAACUCUCAAGAGACCUCCAACGGGUUGCAGAUGCUGAGAACUGUUGGAUCGGGGAAAUACGAAUUCACCGACCGCUGGCACCCCAAAGAAAUGUUGAAGGAAUUGAACGAGCAGCGGAGAGAGAAAGAGUUUACAGACCUGAAAAUAAUUGUUGAAGGCAAAGAGUUUGAAGUCCAUCAAAAUGUUCUAGCUUCCUGCAGCUUGUAUUUCAAGGACGUGAUUAAAAGGUUAUCUGUGGAGAACAGAAAUGGUGAGAAGAUCCAGCUGACUGUGAGUAACAUCAGCGCUGAUGUUCUGGAGCUUCUGUUGGAGUUUGUCUACACCGGCUCGCUCAUUAUCGACUCGGCCAACGCCAAAACUCUGCUUGAGGCGGCAAACAAGUUUCAGUUCAGCACCUUCUGUAAAGUCUGUGUUUCGUUUCUUGAGAAACAGUUAACAGCCGGUAACUGUCUCGGGGUUCUGGCCAUGGCGGAGGCGAUGCAGUGCACAGAACUUCACAACAUGGCAAAGGCGUUUGCCCUUCAGAACUUCCCUGAGGUGGCCGGUCAAGACGAGAUCCUGAACAUUUCCAAAGAAGAUCUGGUUAGUUACAUGUCCAAUGACAGUCUGAACACUAAAGCUGAGGAGCUGGUCUACGAGACGGUCAUUAAAUGGAUUAAAAAAGACCCCAGCGGCAGAGUACAGCAUUUGUCUGAGCUGUUGGCUGUGGUUCGUCUUCCUUUCAUUCACCCCAGUUACCUGCUGAAUGUGGUGGACAAUGAGGAGCUGAUCAAAUCUUCAGAGGCCUGCAGAGAUCUGGUCAAUGAAGCCAAACGUUAUCACAUGCUGCCUCACGCCCGUCAGGAGAUGCAGACGCCCAGAUCUCGCCCUCGACUCUCCGCAGGUGUAGCAGAGGUGAUCGUGCUGGUGGGAGGCCGGCAGGUCAUCGGCAUGAACCAACGCUCGCUGACAGCCGUCACUUGCUUUAACCCUCAGAACAACAAGUGGUACCCCCUGGCCAGCCUGCCUUUCUACAACCGCGAGUUCUUCUCCGUCAUUUCGGCGGGGGAUAAUAUCUACCUGUCGGGUGGCACAGAAUCAGGAGUUACAUUAGCAGAUGUGUGGUGCUACAUGUCCCUGCUGGAUAAUUGGAAUCUGGUCUCUCGGAUGACGGUCCCGCGGUGCAGACACAACAGCGUGGUGUACGAUGGCAAACUUUACACCAUCGGAGGCCUCGGAGUGGCCGGAAACCUGGAUAAUGUGGAAAGAUACGACACCAUCACUAACCAGUGGGAGAUGGUGGCUCCUCUACCCAAACCAGUGCAUUCAGCCGGAGCCACGGUCUGUGGAGGAAAGAUUUAUGUGUUUGGAGGAGUAAAUGAAGCCAGUAGAUCUGCUGGAGUCCUUCAGUCGUAUGUGCCUCAAACCAACACCUGGAGCUUCAUUGAGUCUCCGAUGAUCGAUAAUAAGUACGCUCCUGCUGUGACACUGAAUGGAUAUAUAUUCAUACUUGGAGGAGCUUACGCGAGAGCGACCACCAUUUAUGACCCAGAGAAAGGAAAUAUCAGAGCAGGACCCAACAUGAAUCACUCCAGACAGUUCUGCAGCGCAGCGGUCCUAGAUGGGAAGAUUUAUGUGACCGGUGGGAUUGUGAGCAGCGAGGGUCCGGCAUUGGGAACCAUGGAGGCCUUUGACCCCUGUGCAAACGCAUGGACACUCCAACAGAGUUUGCCCUGCCCGCUCUUCAGACACGGCUGUGUAGUUAUCAAGAAGUACAUUCAGAGCGGGUGAUGCUGAAACAGCCAAAUGUGACACUGAACGUCCAGGUUUAACAGUGCUGAUGUUUUCUUUCUUUUCUCACAAGCACUCAGAAUGUACGAGCUACAAAAAGCCUUCAUGCACCUGAUGGAGUCAUAGCCUUAAUGCCCCGUGGCCGUUUUCAUUACCAUAAACCAUCUAUUCACAAACGUCAGUAGUACUUUUUUCUUGACACGUCACCUUUUUGAUUUUCUUUUAGCAGAACUGUAAAAGGUUUGCUGUCUGGUUCAUUCGUAACCGUUUCAUCAUCUCAGUAUGUAAGCGGCCACAGUCUCACUUCUGUUUAAUCACAUAAGAAGAAAAGAGACAAAAUGUUUUUCUUGCACAAUCACUAAAACCUCAGUUGACCCUUCACUAAGCUCCGCCCUUUUUAGUUACUGUUGCUUAUUGCUCAGAAUCUCUCAUAGGAAUCAAUUAAAAGUGUUGGUGCAAUAAAUUGGAUGGUGCAAUAUUCAGUACAAUUUACCCACAAAGUAGUGAAAUUGAAUGGAUGUCAUUACUACAUUGGCCAGAAUGUAGCGUGGCAUUGCGAGUAUUUUUCUUUGAACUAAAUUGUUGCAUUUUUCUUAAAUUAAUAUUUAAAUGUAAUAAUUUUAAGUACUUAAAUAAUUUAGCUUGGAGACAUUUUUGUUGAUUAUUUGGCAAUAAGUUCUUGCAUCAAGUUAUAUAAAGUGAAAAUAAAAUGCCACAUGUAUCCUUUCUAGUUACCUUGUUUAACUUUAGUCAUUCUUGUUUUUCAGUACCUUUAAAGAUGGGCCUGAGCGAAGGGUCAGUUUUCAAAUUCUGCACAAGUUAGUUAGGGAUAGUUUACUGAAAUUAUUUUAUUAUUUACUCAUCUCUAAGUUGUUACAAACUUGUAUAAAUUUCUUUGUUAUGCCGAAUCCAAAUAUUCAUGUGCAGAAAGAUCUGGAGCACCAUUCACUUCCAUAGUAUUAUUUUUCUUACUGUCAAAGUUAAUGUUGCCCAAGGUCUGCUUGGUUACAAACAUUCUUCAAAAAAAUCUUUAUUUGUAUUCAGCAGAACAAAGAAAUGUAUACAAGUUUGUAACAAUGGGUACUGUAAAAGAUGACAUGGGUGAUCUAUCUCUUUAAUUCAUGUAUUAGUUUCAUUAUAAUAUCCACAUAAAUUAGACGUUUGAUGUGUGAAGAUGUUUGUUUGCCAGAAGAAGAUGGAGCUCGAGCAGUAACACAGCGGGAAAUAAUCCCUGCUUUCUCCAACGACAUCCACUAGAAAACUUUUAAUUGGCAGCCUCUUGGGUCGGAAAGAUGAAGUUGUGCUGGAACGCCUCCGAAGGAACUGAUGUGAAAUUUGUGGCUUGAGUUUCACACUUUUUUGCACGCAGCCAAAGCACAAAUCGUCUGAGUUUCGGAGAGAAAACUGUUUGCCUUCAUUUUCUCUGCAUUGCCAAACACUGAAGACGGCACGGCACGCCGUCUAACAGGGAGAAACUCUCUCUGUACAUUACAGUAAAAAAGGUUUAUUUUAGAAAUGAUACUGUACGUGUUGACAGACUGUUUCUAGACAAAUGUAUAGUAUGUUGAUGAAAUGUAUUGUACAAAAACGUAAGCUGUUAUUACUGUCCAGAUUUAAAUGAUAAUACAUGCAGUAUGCAAAAUACAUUGUACGUUUGUAA